ACAAAUGACAGUUGGCUUUAAUACGUCACAAAGCAAUCAUAACCUCACCUAACCUCAAAAAAUCGCGUGUAGUGUUUUUUCGCAAUGACGACUCUUGAGGACGUUUUAGACGAAGACGAGCUAUAUUGUGACGCCGAGGAGGACCCAGAUGUCACCAAUUUGACUCUCGAAGACGACUUUAGUAACGAUAGUGACUCAGAAAUUUUUUAUGAUGAAGAUGAAAUUUCGACGAAUCGCAGAAACCCCCAGACCGCAUCCAACAAAGUGAGCAACUACCAACCCCCAGACAACCUUUUCAAAAAGUACACCAACAAAAUCAACGUCGAGAAGUACGAAGUGCACACUUUGCCCAGUCACGCCACCAACUUCCUCACAGCUAACGAAAAACGCCAAGAAAAUGAGAAAAUCAGACGUAAGGAUAAGCACGAUCGCGCGACCGCUGAACAAGUCAUGGACCCCCGGACCAGGAUGAUUUUAUUCAAAUUGUUAAACCGGAACUUAAUCUCGGAAAUCAAUGGGUGUAUUUCAACUGGAAAAGAAGCCAAUGUUUACCACGCGUCCAGCGACAAGGGGCAGAUCGCGAUUAAAAUCUACAAAACGUCGAUUUUGGUUUUCAAAGACCGCGACAAGUAUGUAAGUGGCGAGUUCAGGUUCAGACACGGUUAUUGUCGUCAUAAUCCACGAAAAAUGGUGCGCACGUGGGCUGAAAAAGAAAUGAGGAAUUUAAUCCGGAUGCACUCGAACGGGUUGAACGUCCCGGAACCCAUUUUGUUGCGCUCGCACGUUUUAUUGAUGGGUUUUUUGGGUAAGGACGGGUGGCCUGCUCCCAAAUUAAAAGACGUGGAGUUGGGGCACUCCAAAGCGCGCGAGAUUUACAGAGAGGUUGUCAUUGUCAUGUGGAAAAUGUACAACAAGUGUAAAUUGGUACACGCGGAUUUGUCGGAGUUUAACAUGUUGUAUUUGAGCGGGGAGAUUUAUAUUAUUGACGUGUCUCAGUCGGUGGAGCACGACCACCCCCACGCCUUGGAGUUCCUGAGGAAGGAUUGCACGAAUAUCAGCGACUUUUUCAAGAAGAAGGAGGUGGCGACUAUGGGGAUUAAAGACCUGUUUGACUUUAUUACGGAUCCGGCGAUCAACGAGGGGAAUAUGGAACAGUGUUUGGACGCUUUGGCUGAAAAGGCGGCGCAACGCACGGAAAUCACGUCCCAAGAACAAGUUGAAGAAGAAGUCUUCAAGCAAGCGUAUAUUCCAAAGCGCUUGACUGAAGUUGUCGAUUUCGAGCGCGACAUAACUCAGGCGAAAUCCGGCCUUACGAACGACUUAGUCUACAAGACGCUGGUUGGUUUAAAAGGCGACUUAAGCGGAACGGUGCAGCGGCCGGAAAUUUUGGACGAAACGGAGUCUGAAGACUCAGAUGACAGCGACGACGACAAAAAAAGCAAGUUUAUUGACGCCUCACGGCCAAGACACGAAACUCCCGACGAAAAGAAACAGCGCAAAAAAGCGGUCAAGGAAGCACAAGCCGAUAAGCGAAAAACGAAAAUCAAAAAACAUGUAAAAAAAAGAAAGGAGAAAGUCACCAAAAAAUAAAUUUUUACGGCAU